AUGCACCCGGCCGUUCAUCCAUGUUCGCGUGCUAGGGCAUUUGUUGAGUUACAGUGCCGAGCCACACUCUACCCCGAGCUAUGCGUACGUUGUCUUUCCGAUCUCAUCACCAAAUCGAAUGCGACACAAUUAAAUCAUCAGCAAUUAGCCCAAAAUGCCUUGAGGAUGAGCCUAGCUAUGGCUCUAUCAACUAGGGUGUACGUCACCGAAGUGACCAAACAAUUCAAGAAAUCAAAAGCCAAGGAUUAUCAACAAGUCAAAGAUUGUUUGGAUCAAAUAAACGAUGGCAUAGAUCAAAUCACUAAUUCCAUCAAAGAGUUGCAACAAAUGAAUGAAGAUGGUGAAAGCGAGUUUCCUUGGCAUGCAAGCAAUGUCCAGACAUGGAUGAGUGCCGCUAUAACCGACGCUAGCUCGUGUCUUGAUGGGUUCUCCGGAAGGUCGAUCGGCGGCAAGACGAAGGCCAUGAUCAAAGCCAAAGUCCUUAAUCUUCUUCAGGUUAAUAGCAACGCUCUAGCCUUGUUCAAUAGAUUUGCUGCAAGAUAUAGAGCUUCUCAUGUCACCAAACCCAAAGUCUAG